GACUGGAAGAAGCAAACGUGCAGGCUCGGUGGGAGGAGCGAGACGCAGCUAUGGUGCCAGCCACGGAUUUUGGAUCUCUAUGUCGAGUACAAGAAGACCGUCAAGCGUAGACUACUUUCUUAUGCGCGUUAUGGUGGGGAUGUGGAGUUCAACACGUUUUACCAGAUUCGGAUGGUGGAUAAUUUGUUUACCUCACCUGAUUUUUUUACCCCCAAUCAUCCAACCAAGGAGCAGGGUCUUACUGAAUAUCGUCUGCGGCUUAGCAAUCCCUUCAUGAUUUUACUUGAAUUCACUGGAAUGUAGUUUACAUGUGUUCGUGGUUGCCCCCUCCUAGUAGAUACGGUGAAAUGGCUGGCCGGUUGGGUCCGCCUCACUAUAAUUUGAACUCCGGGAACCCACUCGUAGGAAAUACUUUGCAUGAUCUCAACACAGUAGACUCUAGGAAUGGGGAUCUGGAGGGCAUCACAGACACGGAUCGAGAUCCCGCUACUGGCGACAGCUUGGAUCACGAGGAAGACUCCAAUUCUGGGGGUUGUGUGCCCCAGUCCUAUGGCAAUUCGAUUGCCUUACAGAGUGUUAGCGGACCGGAAACUGAUCAUUCAAUGCCACUUGAGGGUGACGAGCCUCCACGAUCUCCAUACGGUGUUUUGACACUCAACGAUGUCAUACCUAUCGAGACUGCAAGAGCCAGGUUUUUACAAAUUAUUAUCGAUCACUUUAUUACACAUCAUAUUGUUCCAACACCAGAGUCACCAACAGAGACAAACUACAAUAGUCCAAAUAGUAAGGAGAAGCUGAAGAAGAGAAUAAGGACAAGGGAUGGACAGUAUGAAGGGGAUCCAAGAUAUUUGUUACCCUUGACAUUUGUGGCAAACCUUUACGAAACUCUUAUACAUGAAGUGAAUCAGCGACUAGGCACCGUUGAAGGAAGUCAUGAGAAAACUAUGGGGGUGGCCUUGGAAGCUGCCGGGGGUUUGUACAGGCGUCUUGUGAAGAGAUAUCCAAAGUCAGGCGGUCCGAUGACUUUCAAAAGGAGAGAAAUGGCUUCUGCUUUGGAGGCACGUACCAAAUUUCCCCAGCUUGUGACAGGAGAUGAGAAACGUGUCCGCUUUGUGGUUGUUCACGGACUAGAGCUCGUGGAGAGACCCACCUUACCACCAGAGGACUCGGAAUGGUUCAAACGAUUAACAGGAAGGCAUGAAGCUGCGAUUACUCCUAGAGACUACAACUUUUUCUCUCCCAGAGUCAAACAUCGUCGCACACCUCAGCAUUCGCUCUCGGUCGGCUCGCUUCCGGCGUUUCCGGAGCCUAGUACGAGCCUUCCCCCUCCUUUGCCAAUCCGGCAACAAGUGAUUCCCCAAUUUUCUUCAGGUGAUUCUGGAAGUAUGGGUGCACGCUCGCCGCCACUGCAGGCACAACAGCAACAACAGCAGCAAGCGCCGCUCCCUCACCAGCAAACACAUCAAUCUCAUCAACAUCCUCAUCAAGUUCAUUGCCCUGUACAUAUACUAGGUCAAUCUCAUACAAGUCAAAGUCAAAAUACGCCGACCCAUGGCGCCCAUACAACGCAUGCAUCUCUGACUCCUCAUACUGCUCACAGUCAGCACAAUCCUCACACCCCACCGCAUGUCCAAUCUCCUGUGAUGCAUACCGGGGGAGUUCCAGUUAUGCUUAGCAUGCCGCCAAAUACUCCGGCCAAGUAUUGUGAUGAGUGUGGAGCCCAGUAUCUUCGUGAAACAUCAAAGUACUGCUCGGAGUGUGGAGCAAAGCGACUGGGCACGUGAGUGUUCUCAAAUCAGUUUUUGGACAAAUCGUAGGGCUUAAAUGUUCACCAGUUUGAAGUAUAGUCCACAGACGUUGCCAACAACGACCCCUGUCUGGGAUGUACAAGGAGUAGAGAAAUUUCAGGUUGUCAUGAUUUCAUCAUGUACAAUUGUGCUUGCAUUUCUUGAAUGUACAAAUGUGUCUUAAUACAACUUUGGUCACUUGAGUGACAGUUUCAAUUUUGUAUCUUCAC